AGCCCGAGAGCACAGCAAGAGCGUGAGGCUUUAUUAUGUGUUUUCCUCUCGGUUUAACAAACAGUGAGACAAAGCGACUGGGAUCAUUUUGGGGUUUUUGCAGUGAGAGAAGAACAGAUCCAAAAAGAACAAAAAAUGAGGGGAUGAAAGGUGGUGAGGUUGUGGACAAAGAGGAAAGAUGAGUCUGUCAUGUAGAAAAGAUCCUCACGGCCUCUCCUUGUAAAGACGAGGGAGCCGCGGGUGACGACGGCUGUAGGAGGAUCAGUAGUGUGCAUAAAGGGCCCGAACUGGGCAGGCUCUCGCGGAGGCUGAUAGAAUGGCUAACCAGAGCUUUGCCAUCGACGGCCCCGGCAGUUUGCUGGCUGUGCUGGCCUCGCAGAGCGGACUGGCUCGAGGCGGCAGCAGCAGCAGCAGCAGUGACAGCAGCAGCAGCAGCGGAGGAAUCUCUGCCACAGAUGUGUCUGCCUACUUUAAGCUGGUCUUCUUGGGUUUGAUCAUCUGCGUAAGCCUUGUAGGCAACCUCUUGGUCUCCCUGCUGGUCUUACGAGACAGGACACUUCACAAGGCUCCUUAUUUCUUUCUCCUGGACCUGUGCCUGGCCGAUGCAGUCCGCUCUGCUGCCUGCUUCCCCUUCGUGCUGGUUUCCGUCCACAACAGCUCGGCCUGGACUUACAGUGCCUUGAGUUGUAAAGUUGUGGCUUUUAUGGCUGUGCUGUUUUGUUUUCACGCUGCCUUCAUGCUGUUUUGCGUGGCUGUCACCCGCUACCUUGCCAUCGCCCACCACCGAUUCUACGCCAAGCGCAUGACCAUCUGGACCUGCGCCGCCAUCAUUUGCAUGGUGUGGACUCUGGCCGUCGCCAUGGCGUUCCCGCCUGUCUUUGAUGUGGGGACGUACAAGUUCAUCCGUGAUGAGGAUCAGUGCAUUUUUGAACACCGCUACCUGAAGACCAACGACACCCUGGGCUUCAUGCUCAUGCUGGCUGUGGUGGUCCUGGCCACCCACGGUUUCUACGCCAAACUGCUGCUGUUUGAGUACAGGCACCGCAAGAUGAAACCUGUCCAGCUAGUGCCGGCCAUCAGCCAGAACUGGACCUUCCACGGUCCUGGGGCCACAGGUCAAGCUGCAGCUAACUGGAUUGCGGGGUUCGGACGUGGGCCCAUGCCACCCACUCUGUUGGGCAUCAGGCAAAAUUUACACAAUCAACACCGGCGGCUGCUUGGGAUGGAAGAGGUGAGGUCAGAGAGGAGGCUGGGCAGGAUGUUCUACACCAUCACCCUGCUCUUCCUGGUCCUCUGGGCUCCCUACAUCGUGGCGUGCUUCUGGAGGGUGUUCGUCAAGUCCUGCACCAUCCCCCACAGGUACCUUUCCAUCACGGUGUGGAUGAGCUUCGCCCAAGCCGGAGUCAACCCCAUCUUCUGUCUCCUGCUCAACGAGGACCUGAGGAAAGUGCUGAGAGCUCACCUGCCGACCUACUGGAGGACUAAACAACACCUGCCCCAAGACGAGGCCUACUGCAUUAUGUGAUAAGAUAUGACCUUAAUGAAGAGAAUGUUUCAGGUCUUA